GUCCUCUUUUGUUACCACGUCAGAAGCGCGGGAAAAACACAACCGGAAGUGGUGUUGUGUUCUUCCGGCUCGUGAGGCUGAUAAACCAUGGCAACUUCGUCAGUGUCAAAGGGAUGCUUUGUCUUCAAGCCAGGUUCUAAGAAGAGAAAGCGUAUUUCAGACAUGGAAGACUACUUUGUUGACGUAAAUGCUGAUUCUGCAUAUGGCAAAGAACGUUUUAUUACUUGUCAAAGACUUUGGGAGAAGAUUAAAAUAGACACAGAGUUAUUGCAGGAUGACCUGAAUAAGAAAAUAUUGGAUAGUCUUUUAGAAUUCAUCAAAAAAUGUAGUUUAAACUUCCAGUCAAAAGCUGAUGACUGGGCAUCCCUUAUGAGAGAAAACGAAAUACCUACAGCUGCCCUGGUGCUUGGUGUGAACGUACCAGAUCAUGAUAUGACAUUUCAGAGCCUAUCUGACCUCUUACAGGAGUCUGUAACCCCCUUUGCUGUUUCUGUACAGGCCCAAGAAUGUACAGCUCUGAAGAAUCUGAUGCAGAGAAUAUUAGAAAGACUGAUGGGUGCUGGCGUGUCAGUGGAAGAUGAAGAAGAGGACUCCAGUAUGUCUUUACAAAAAAAGAGGGUAUCCUGCUCAAUGAGUGCACUGUGUCAGUGGUAUAAGACAGUAAUAAAGAAACGGCCUGUGAAGUCACCAGGGAAGGAAAGUAGCCCAGUAAAUGCCUUUUCAGAGAGUCCACCAAUUUUGGUGAUUUUCAAAGACUUUGAAGCGUUUAAUCCACGUGUUCUUCAGGACUUUAUAGUUAUCUGCAGUCGUUACAUCCAGGAGCUACCACUGAUCUUCAUCUUUGGCAUCGCCACCUCUCCCAGCACCAUUCAGCACAUGUUACCACACUCUGUGUCAUCUCUGCUGUGUAUUGAACUCUUUCAAUCACUCUCCUGUACCCAGCACCUUGCAACUGUUAUUGACAAGCUGAUUCUGACCUCACAGUAUCCAUUCAAGCUCAGUGGGAAGGUUCUACAGGUGCUAGUGAGCAUCUUCCUGUACCAUGACUUCUCAGUCCGCAACUUUGUUAAAGGCCUUCAGUUGGCCCUGUUGGAGCACUUCCACUCACAGCCCCUCAGUGUGCUCUGCUGUGAGAAAAAGGAGUUUCUGGCCUGUGCACAGAAGUUGAGCCACCAAGAUGUGGAGAUGGUUCGGCAUCUGCCCUCUUUCAUGAGAUAUGUAGAUUCACAAGACACACAGGAACAGGUCCAGCUUCUGACCAGUGAUGAACAUGUUAAGGUGGUGUGUCAGAAGUUACUGAAGGAUCUUAGAAAAUACCAUAAAAACUACUAUCCCAUGCUUCGCUGUCUGCACACACUGACAUCAUCUCUGCCAAAGUAUCCUCUGGGAAAGCAAAUACGAGAGCUGCAUAUAUCCUGCCUUGAGAAGAAUAUAUGGGAGACGAAUGAAUAUGAAUCUGCUAUGCAGCUUCUGAGGUUGCUUGCAAAAGAUGAGCUUGUAACAACACUGAGAAAGUGUGUGGACAUUCUUAAAUCUGGGAAGACAAAGAAAAUGAAAAGUGCAUUGCAUGAGCUGGAGGACUACCUUGUCAAAUUUGAGCAGUUGGACAGCAUGUAUGUAGAGGAUCUUAAUGAAGAGGAAGUUACUUCACCAGGAAAGGAUCUCCAAAAGAAAACCGAUCUCUUCCAACUUCAAAAAACUCUCUUGGAGAUGAAAGGCAGUAGAAGAUCGAAGAAAAUGAGUCCGUUUGAGCUGCUGAGAAAUGAGACACUAGGUGUUCUCGAUGGUCUUGUAAGGAGCCACUUGACACCACCAGAGUUGCAGCCACUAUAUGAAGUUUGCUACUACAGCUCUUCUGCCAUUCUGCGGCGCCACCUCAAUGCAACUCCACGUACCUCCAUCCAGACUGCACUCAACCACCCUUUCUACUACUUGCAGAAUGUAAGCCUGAAAACAGAUGCAGGCACAGUGUCAAAUGCUGCUCCAGAUAUCUGCGUUGCUUACAAGCUCCAUCUGGAGUGUGGGAGGCUCAUCAACUUGUAUGACUGGUUGGAGGCUUAUGCUACAGUAGCCUCGGCUGCAGAGGGAAAGGAUCCUGACUCUGAAGAGUAUGGCAAAGUUGAUGAACUCAAGCAUGCCCGUUUCAUCCAAGCGGUGUCUGAGCUGGAGUUCCUGGGAUUUGUGAAAUCAACAAAGCAGAAAACGGACCAUGUUGCACGACUGACCUGGGGAGGUUGUUAAUGGUGAUCAGUUUUGGUGAUAAUUGUGUAUUUGAAUAAAAAUAUUUUUUGAUA